AUGGAUCCUCUUUCAAUCGCUUCAGGCGUCAUCGCAGUGCUGCAAGCUGCCAGUACCACGUCUCAAGGACUCCAAAAGCUCUGGGAACUGCGACGGGCCCUCGAGGACUUCCUUAUAUUGACCAACGAGGUCUCGGAGCUCCGAGUCGUCCUCUGCGUCCUCGAAACCUCUCUGAAGUCGCUCUCGGCGGAUACCCAAGACCAAACUGUGCAAGAAAUCCUGCAUAGCCUAACGAAAAGUUGGGACGAUGCUGUCAAGGUGCUGUCUGAUAUCGACAGCCUCGUGCGGGACAAGCUGCACAAGAACCAUAAUACUUGGGACCAAGAACGACAAAAUGAGCAGCCAUAUGAACCGUUUGCCUCUUCCUCCGCAUCUCCGAUCUCUUCUUUGUCGAGACCAAAGCUGUCGAAAAGGGGGUGGUUAUUCCAUCGAUCCAAAAUUUUAAAGCUGCAGCGGCGACUGCGAGACAUUAUCAAUGUGCUCAACAUCUGCACCGCCGCACUAGCGAACUUGCAAUCGACAAGCGCAAAAGGGAAAAGCGAGAGAAAUCAGGUUUUUAUCACAAACCACGUUAUCCAAAAUAUUUCGACCACCGUCCCUUCCGCUCGCGAUAUCGCCCAGCGUAAUGAUGCUUCAGAUCCUCGCUCGAUCUCUGAUCAACUCAGUCUAGUGAUCGAAAAGGCAGGUCGAGAGAUACAGCAGGAGGAACCAUUAUCCUCAUCGUCGUCGUCUCCUCUUACACUACAGUCUUCGCAGGAGUCUGAACGCCUAAAUUUUAAAGACGAAAAUGCACCCAGCAACGACUCAAGUCUAUUCUGCAUCACGACAAGCCUAGCCAUUGAAAAGUGCGAGCCAUUCUGCUCUUGCCAAUGCCACAUCCGUACCAGCAUCCAGUCACCGUCCUGGGCCCGCUCAAUUCUCGGCUCAUUUGUCCUGCACACGAAUUCAAAUAUUCUCGUGGAUCGCCGGCCAUGCAAUUACCGACGGUGCAAACGGAACGGCGAGGCCAGCACGCGCUUUACUUUCUAUGCGCCAUCGUGGCUGCUACGGCGAGCGGUAUCAGUGACGGCCUCAAAGGGGGCGGGUCUCGACCCAGCGUCGUUUUCAAUGUUCUUAAAAGUUCCGCAUGUUUUGCCAGCAAAUGCGGAGAUCUUAAAGGCGAUUGAGUACGCCGAUACGGAGAAGAUCAAAGCUAUGUUGCUGAACAGGAUGAUAUCGCCGCAUGAUAUUGAUGAAUCUGGACUGUCGUUGCUCUCGCACCCUAUAGGCAGAAGCUGGGAUCACCAUGCCGCCAGCUUGUUCAUCCAAGCCGGAGCCGACCGGUUCUAUCGGGAUAGAUACGGCUUCCCAGCAAUCUACCGCGGCCUCUGUGCCUUUCUCCAAAGGCAGCGGCUAGCUUCCACAUUACCAGAGGAGCUGCAUGACCUACGCAUUCUCUUCGCAGAUGAAGAUUCACUAGAACAAUUCGAAUUCACGCCCCUCCACCGUGCGGUUCUUGGUCUUUCGCCAUUUGGCGUAUCCACGGCACUCGCGAUUAACCCACUCGACGUCGACACGUCCGACACAUGCGGCCGCGUGCCGAUUAUGUGGGCGGCGUGGCUCGGAGACGUUGUAUCUAUCGAGGCCUUGAUCACCGCAGGUGCCGAUGUAGAUAAGCCGGACGGUCUGGGUCGAACGGCGCUGCUUGAAGCUGUUUGGGCCGGCGAAAUCGAGUGUGUCAGAUUACUACUUCGCGCGGGGGCUUCUGCCUCAACGGCAACGAAGGAGGGCGAUGCACCAAUUCAUAUCGCAAGUUAUGCGGACACGUGUGGUGUGGAGAUGAUCUCUUUGCUACUCGAAUAUGGCGCGGAUGUUAGUAUGAGAGAUGCGGCGGGUCAAACGCCACUGCAUCGGGUCGGUGCUGGUGGCAGCGGUACAGGUGGAGUGGGAACUGACAAGAAGGCUGAGAUCCUCGUGCAACAUGGCGCUAACGUGAAUGCCAGAGACCUGAGCGGUAAAAGUCCUUUGCAUAGUGCGUUGGUUUCGGCAAACACGUCGGUUGCACGCGGGCUGCUUGCCAGAGGCGCGGAGAUUGAUGAUAGCACGCGAGACUCCAACGCGUGCAGUACGCUGCAAAUAAUCUGUUGGUACUUUUGCGUCGAGGUUGGUGAAAUGCUGAUCGAAGCGGCAAAGGAGGCAUUGAUGGUGGAAGUUGACCUUGCGGUUGAACAUGAAGGUCAUGAUUUGGAGCACUGCUUUCGUAGUUGCAGAGCGUAUACUGGCCGAGUUUUGCAUCUCGAAGAAGAGGAAUCAGUAUUUAUGAGGUUGAUUGACGCUAUUACGGAAAGUCAAGCGUAG